AUGGCUGUCCGACGUCAAACCGGCCCAUCAUACGGCGGAGGCAAGAACGGUCCUGCUUACCAUCAAGAAGCCGGGUCUCUUCGACCACCCACCAACGGCUCAGGAUCACGGAACAAUGGAUGGAACGGACAUGGUCACUCCAACGUGCGGUAUCAAAAUCAAUACCACAAUAACCGCUCUCACAACUUCAAUCCCCAUCAUCAUAACAACUUUGGCGGUCAAUCACAAGUUCACCCACAAAAGGUGAACUUCCGCCAAUAUAAUCCCCACCAUCGACAGAACCGGAAUUUCCAAAACCGGCAAGGUGGUGGCUUCAAUGGUCCUAAUCAUGGCCAAAAUUUCCACGACGUCAGUUGCGAGAACCCAGUUCCAUCCCACAAUGGGUUCCAAGACCAACUGCACCCACCUCUCCCACGCGGUCCUAAGAACCGCAGACGGCGUAAUCGCCAAUUUGAAGAGAAUCUCUACAAUGCGGUCCAUGAUAUCGAGAUGGUCGACAAUGUAAAUACUUUUGAUCUCGAUACCGACAUUGAUAUGCCGGAUGCGCCUCCAUUAGAAUGUUACCAGCAAAAUCUUAUCGUUGCUGAGGGAAUUGCUGCUGCCAACGCUUUGCUUUCCCGAAUUGAAUACUUUGUUCGCACGGGCACUAUUCCCGUCGAGAUGUGA